AUGAAAGAAGAAAAGCUGGAUGCAGAAACUCCUUUUGAGCAGUAUGGAAUUGAUUCCAUUAUGAUCACCAAAUUAACUAAUUGUCUGGAGGCUGUUUUCGAAAGAAUACCCAGAACUUUGUUUUUUGAGUGUCAGACCUUAGCAGAAUUAACUGAAUACUUUGUGGAAGUUUAUGCUGAAAAGUUAAUACAGAUUACGGGUUUAAAGGUUUCAUAUUCUGAUUUAUCACCUGUUUCUGUUGAAGCUAUUGAUGAAAUGAAUAGUCAGAGUUCAGCAACAGCUGCUACGUUUAAUGCAGGUGUUCUGUCGGGAAAUAAGAUAGCUCUGCAACCCAAAGAAAUAUCAAAAACAGUGAUCGCAAAGCCGGCGAUUCCGGUGGCUAAAGAGCCUAUUGCCAUCAUUGGUUUAGGGGGAAGAUAUCCGGGUGCUCAAACCAUUGCAGAUUUCUGGGAAAACUUAAAAGCAGGGAAAGACAGCAUCACAGAGAUUCCGGCAGACCGGUGGAAUCUGACAGAUUUCUACGACGAGGAAAAAGGCAAAGCUGGUAAAAGCUACAGCAAGUGGGGUGGGUUCCUGGAGCAUAUGGAUCACUUUGAUCCCUUGUUCUUUAAUAUUUCUGUUCGUGAAGCAGAGUUAAUGGAUCCGCAGGCGCGUCUUUUCCUUCAAACUGCCUGGGAAACACUGGAAGAUGCAGGUUAUACCAAAGCAAAAUUACAAGGAGAAAAAGGCAAGAAUUCUUCAGGCGCGCAAGUGGGCGUAUAUGUAGGCGUGAUGUAUGAAGAAUAUCCGUUAUUUGGUGCAGAAGAGAAUGCAAAAGGCAAUUUCGUAAAUCCUGGCGGAAGUAUCAGCAGUAUUGCAAACCGUGUAUCUUAUUUCUUCAAUCUUCAUGGGCCAAGCAUGGCGGUUGAUACCAUGUGUUCUUCGUCUUUAACGGCUAUACAUCUGGCUUGUGAAAGUAUUCAGAACGGGAGUUGUACUAUGGCUCUUGCAGGCGGGGUAAACCUCAGUGUGCAUCCAAACAAGUAUUUAAUGCUGAGCCAGGGCAGGUUUGUUUCUAGUGAGGGACGAUGUGAAAGCUUCGGUGAAGGUGGCGAAGGUUAUGUGCCAGGGGAAGGCGUAGGAGCUGUAUUGCUCAAAUCAUUGAGCCAGGCUUUGGCAGAUGGUGAUCGUAUUUAUGGUUUAAUUAAAGGGACUUCGCUCAACCAUGGUGGUAAAACGAAUGGAUAUACCGUUCCUAAUCCAAAAGCACAGGCCGCAGUAAUUAAAGCUGCAAUGAAAAAAGCAGAUGUAAAAGCAGAAGACUUCAGUUAUAUCGAGGCGCAUGGAACAGGAACAAGCCUGGGCGAUCCUAUAGAAAUAGCAGGUCUGGCCAAAGCUUUCGAUUCAAAGAACAAACAGUUUUGCAGUAUUGGUUCGGUGA